AUGGAGUCCAACCCUUUAUCCAAGUCUAUUUUAUUUGCGAUUCUCUUAACCCUUGUUUCAAUGACCAAUGCAAACCAAGACCAUUAUCAUGAGUUCAAUGUUCAAGAAAAAAAGGUGACGCGGCUUUGCAAAUCACAUACGAUAAUUACCGUCAAUGGACAGUUUCCUGGGCCGAUUUUGGAAGUACGUAACGGAGAUGCCGUUACUGUCAAAGUCACAAACAAAGCUCGCUACAAUGUCACCAUCCAUUGGCAUGGGCUUAGACAGAUGCAAAACCCAUGGGCCGAUGGGCCUGAGUACGUGACUCAGUGUCCAAUCAUGCCGGGCAGCUCGUACACGUACCGUUUCAUCAUACAAGAUCAAGAGGGCACAUUGUGGUGGCAUGCUCAUAGCCGAUGGCUACGAGCCACGGUCUAUGGCGCACUCAUAAUCCAUCCGAAGUUGGGUUUUUCAUACCCGUUCCCUAAACCAAAAGUAGAACUCCCUAUCGUUUUAGGUGAAUGGUGGAACCGAGACAUUAUUAGCAUCCUACAACAAACGUUAUUCAGUGGUGCGGCUCCUAACAUUUCGGAUGCAAUCACCAUUAACGGUCAACCCGGCGAUCUAUACAAAUGUUCACAACAAGGUACCGUAAGAUAUUCGGUGAACUCUGGCGACUCUGUGCUACUACGAGUCAUCAACGCUGCACUCAAUCAACAACUUUUCUUCACCGUUGCAAACCACAAGCUAACUGUUGUUGCGACAGACGCGGUCUACACUAAACCAUUCGCCACCAAUAUCAUCAUGGUGGGACCCGGACAAACCACCGACGUGCUCCUGACCGCCAAUCAAAAACCGGGCCGAUACUACAUGGCUGCCCGAGCCUAUGCCACUGCUCAAAACGCCCCUUUUGACAACACAACGACAACCGCCAUUCUUGAGUACAAAUCCUCCACUUCAAGACCAAUCCUACCACCACUCCCCGCCUAUAACGACACAAACACCGCCACUUCCUUCUCAAACCAAAUCAAAAGUCCUGAAAAAGUCGAUGUCCCAACAAAAAUCGACGAAAACUUGUUUUUCAUCAUUGGUUUCGGUUUUUUCAACUGUUCUCCUGGGCCAAGAUGUCAAGGACCGAAUAACACACGGUUUGGCGCUAGCAUGAACAACGUGUCGUUCGUGCUUCCUAAUCGAGCUUCAUUGCUUCAAGCAUACACGAACAAGAUUCCUAACAUUUACACAACCGAUUUUCCAGCAACACCACUUGUGAAAUUCGAUUACACCGGUAAUGUCCCACGGGGACUUUGGCAGCCCAUUAGGGGAACGAAACUUUACAAAUUGAAGUUUGGUUCUAAUGUACAAAUUGUGUUGCAAGACACAUCCAUCUUUUCUACUGAAGAUCAUCCUGUUCAUCUACACGGGUACCAUUUUUACGUUGUUGGACAAGGUUUUGGUAACUUUAAUCCUUCCCAAGAUACUGCUCGAUUCAAUCUAAUCGACCCGCCUCAAAGGAACACCAUCGAUGUCCCGGUUGGUGGGUGGGCUGCCAUUCGCUUCGUCGCCGAUAAUCCUGGUGUAUGGUUGAUGCAUUGUCAUAUUGAUACUCAUCUAGCUUGGGGUUUUGGAAUGGCGUUCAUUGUUGAAGAUGGAGUUGGACCAUCACAGAAACUCUUGCCACCUCCUGCUGAUCUUCCUCGUUGUUAAGAUUCUUGAUUCUGCCCAUUUUCAGCAACCAGUGUUUAUGUUUUUAAUAAUGAUUUAUGUUCUGUUUCUUUCUUGUUGGUAUUUGUGUGGAGUUAAAGAGUUUUGGAGUGGUUUUCUGAAUAUGAGCAAGUAGUUAAUUUAUAGAUUACUAUGUAUUGUUUAGUAUAAAAAUAGAAUGAAGCGUUCAUUCUGAAUUUCCAGUAUUAUUGUAAUCUCAGUUUUAUCCGUUUUGGUUU